UUCUCACCUUUGGCUCCGAGAAAGAAACGUUGCAGUUCUACUCGCUCUUUGCCGAUAGUUUGCGACUUGCCGAAGUCGACGGCGCUGCUGAAUGGAGGCGAGAAUCCCUGCAAGCGAUUACGGACACAAUUCAAACGAAGCUCUGGAUCUCCCAGAAUCCGAAGAACUGUAAACGGAGGAGAUUUGUAGUCUGUGAAAUGAGAGACAGCUGUGGCUUCGGCUGUCAGAGAUUGAAAGGGCUGCCGAAGGCCAAUAGUUACACCAAACUCGAAUCAGAUUUGCGGCAGUUCAUUCAACUUGAUAUUCUUGACUCUAGCUCCUACAGACCGGAGUUUCUCCCGCUGUCUAUACCGAAAUCGCUCUCUGGUGAACUCAUCAUGCUGCAUUCCAAUCCAUCGGCAUUCUUCACCAGUCAGAUGGUAUCAGCGUGGU